CUUCAUGUCAUGAUGUAAUUGUCCUAUUCGCUGUCUUUUUCCCGUUACUGGUGGGACUGAUGGUAAAAUGAUUGACCACAGGUUAUGUGAUAGGAGACUGGUCAGGUCAUCAGUUAUUGAAAUCUAGUCAUCUUCUGGGUAAUGUAAAUUGACUUAUUUUUCUUAUUGACACGGGAUACUAUUGUACGAUCCUAUUUUGGGGUCAUUAGGUAGUGUGGUUUUUCUUUACAUUGGUUGCAUAUUGUUCGGUUUUAGAUUUAUUGUGUGUGUGCAUGCGUGCAUGUUUUAUUUGUGUGUGUGUGUGCGUGCGUGUUUGUGUGUGCGUGCACGUGUGUAUUGUUGUGCGAGUGUUGUGGUAGCUUUUUGUCUGAGUGACGCAGCUGCAGAGAGAGAGGCAGAGACAGGGGCUGCAUGCUGUGGGGAGUGCAGUUGGGCUGUUGGGCUGUUGGGAACAGGAUCAAGCUCUGGGCUGGCAGCCAAAGAGGUCGGCAGGCUGCGCAAUGGUCUGGCCAGGGGAUUUGUAGGAAAGGGGUGACCCUUUAAAACCAAGGGGAUGAAGGAACCUUCCAGAACCAGAGAACAAGGUGAAUGUAAGGUGAGCGUGGCCAGGCAGGGUGAUGCGUCCGGGAGAGACACAGACGCCGAAGGGAGCAGCGAGAGUUUGGAGGUGUUGAAAGACCCCCAAAGCGCCGACCCUCGGCCGGCCGCAGGAGAGUCCGGGGACCCUCCUCACGAUUCGGCCGCCUGCAGCAAUGGACUUGACCUCAGUAAGCGCCACCGGGGGGCGCCCCCGCGCAGGACUAGUGCCUCACCCUCCGACCCAUCUCUGGUGGGACCCUCCUCUGAAGCCCUCCCCUCUACCACACCGGCACAGACCCAGCACCCAGGCCCUGGAGGAGUGGGCUCGGGGGCUGGGGAGGAAGCCAGUUCGGAGGUGAAGAAUGGCACCCGGGACCCCCUGCCACCCUCCGCCAUACAUCGCGCAAGGAAAACUAUGGCCAAGUCUGCCUCCAUUCAGACGGUACUGCAGAUUUUAAGCAGGGAACAAAAAGAAUCUAACAGCGAGCAAGAGGAGAGCCGGAGUCCCCCGGAGAGUGAGCGGCCGCAGCAGACACCCCACUCUCAACCCCAGCCAUCCUCCCACUCUCAAAUCCAGCCAUCCUCCAGCCCUGACGACCCCCCUGUGCCCCCCGCCAUCCUUGCACGGCCCCCGGCAGCGACCGCCGUAACCCGAAAGAAGAGGAGGAAGAUGGGAACCUACAGCCUCGUACCACGCAAGAGACCCAAAACGCUAAAGCAGCGUUCCUUGCUGGACAUGUUCAAGGACAACGGGCCAACCCUCGCCAUUGCGCAAGAGAGCCCUCAGGUCAAUGGAGAGCGGGUGGAGAACGAGUAUGAGGAGGAGUCCGAGGUUUCUGAGGAGGAGGGACCGCAGGCAGCCGACCGUCCAGGGACCGGGGCAGAGGCAGCAAGUGUGACGUCCAGAGAGGGGGGUACAGCUGCUGAAAACCAAACUCAGGGGGAAGGCCAGGAGUGGGAAAAGUCUGGUGAUGAUGGGGAAGUGGAGGCAGACGACUCUGAUCUGAGUCCGGAGUCUGGACUGAAGAAACGGUCAAAAAAGAAAGGACAGGGUGAUGACCCACGGCCGUUCAGGAAAUGCAAACCGAAGAGGAAUGCCAAGGCCCAGGAUCUCCCGGAAGCCCAUUCUGAAGAAGGCAUUAAUAAUGGAUCCACAGAACCAGAGGCCCAAGCUGAAGCAGGCAUGAAUACUGGAUCCACAGAGCCAGAGGUCCAGACUGAAGCAGGGAUUAACAAUGGAUUCAUAGAACCAGAGUCCCAGGCUGAAGCAGACAUUCAUAAUGGAUACACUGAGUUGCCGCUAGACUCCCUGGAUCUUAAAGCCCAGGAGGAACUGUUCUCUGCUCAGCAAGAAGGUGAGUGUGCGGGUGAGGAGAUCUCAGAGACGGACACCGGACAGGAGCUGCCCCUCUGCAGCUGCCGUAUGGAGACGCCUCGGAGACGGGAGAUCCUCAGCAUGGUGCGUCGGAGGUGCAUGGCCACCGAGAACACGGAUGGGCAGCUGAGCCGGUGUCAGAAUGCUGCUGUGAAGCAUGAGAUGAUGCGGCCCUCCAACGCUGUGUCUCUGCUGGUCCUGUGUGAGGUCCACCGGGCCGGCAUGGUCCAGCACCAGUGCUGCCCGGGCUGCGGGUUCUUCUGCAGGGCGGGGACCUUCAUGGAGUGUCAGCCGGGCAGAAACAUCUCUCACCGUUUCCACGCCGACUGCGCCUCGAUGAUGAGGGGCCAAAGCUUCUGCCCACACUGCGGGGAGGACGCGGGCAAGGCCCAGGAGGUCACCGUGGCCAAGGCCGACACCACCUCCACCGUGCCCCUCCACCUCGGGCCGGACACGCCCGGCCCUCUCGAGGGCAAGGCGGACACCACCAGCGGAGGCCCACCCUGCCUCCAGCUGUCUGGCGAGGAGAUCACAGAGGGAACCUCGCCCUCGCCCUCAGAAACACCAAAUGUGUCUCCCUCCCCCUGUGGCUCCCAGAUGGGGGCUCUGGCAUUAGUGGGGGGGCUGGAACCAGCUAAAGAGAGCCUGGAGAAUAUCCUCCUGGCCCUGGAUGCAGAGAAGCCAAAGAAGCUGAGGUUUCACCCGAAGCAGCUGUACCUCUCUGCCAAACAAGGGGAGAUCCAGAAGGUCCUGCUAAUGCUGGUGGACGGGCUAGAUCCAAACUUCAAGAUGGAGAACCAGAGCAGACGCACUCCCCUGCAUGUGGCUGCCCAGGCUGGCCACCGGGAGAUCUGCCACAUACUUCUGCAGGCUGGUGCUAACCUGGACAUGUGUGACGGUGACCAGAGGACCUCUCUGAUGCUUGCCUGUGAAAACAACCACCUGGAGACUGUCAAGUACCUGUUGAGGGCAGGGGCCAUCACCAGCCACAAGGACCUGGAUGGCUCCACCUGUCUGCACCUUGCUGCUAAAAUGGGGCAGUACAGUGUUGUGCAACAUCUCCUAUCCACUGGUCUGAUCGACAUCAACUGCCAGGACGAUGGUGGCUGGACUCCUAUUAUCUGGGCAACAGAGUACAAACACGUGGACCAGGUCAAGCUGCUGCUGUCCAGAGGGGCUGACAUCAACAUCAGAGACAAAGAAGAGAACACCUGCCUUCACUGGGCAGCGUUUUCGGGCUCUGUGGACAUUGGUCAGAUGCUGCUGGAUGCGCGGUGUGACCUCAACGCGGUCAACGUCCAUGGUGAUUCGCCAUUGCACAUUGCAGCUCGGGAGAACCGGCUGGAGUGCGUGAUGCUCUUCCUCUCACGGGGUGCAAACGUGAACCUGAAGAACCAAGAGGGAGAGACUCCCCUGGAGUGCUGCAUUCAUGGCUCCAAGGUGUGGGCCGACCUGCUGACCAAUAAGAAGCUGAGGGAGGCGGGGAGUAUCCAUGGCAACCACAGAGAGAGGGUCCUUAAUAGGGACAUCUCCCAGGGGUACGAGAGGAUCCCUGUCCCAUGUGUGAACGGGGUGGACAGCGAGCCCUGUCCCGAAGACUUCAAAUACAUCCCGGAGAGCUGCGUCACCUCCCCGAUGAACAUCGACAGGAACAUCACACACUUACAGUACUGUGCGUGCAAGGAUGACUGCUCGUCCAACAGCUGUAUGUGUGGUCAGCUAAGUCUCCACUGUUGGUAUGACAAGGACGGUCGCCUGCUUCGUGAGUUCAGCUGGGAGGAGCCCCCGCUCAUUUUUGAGUGCAACCAUGCCUGCUCCUGCUGGAGAUCCUGCAAGAACCGGGUGGUCCAGAACGGACUGCGGACCUGCCUGCAGCUGUAUCGGACCAGGAAGAUGGGCUGGGGGGUUCGGGCCCUGCAGGACAUCCCGCAGGGGACCUUUGUGUGCGAGUACGUGGGGGAGAUCAUCUCUGACGCAGAGGCUGAUGUCAGGGAAAAUGACUCCUACCUGUUCAGCUUGGACAGUAAGGUGGGAGACAUGCACUGCAUUGACGCCCGUUUCUACGGAAACGUCAGCAGGUUCAUUAACCACAUGUGCGAGCCCAACCUGGUCCCCAUCCGGGUGUUCACCAUCCACCAGGACCUGCGCUUCCCCCAUGUGGCCUUCUUCGCCUGCAGGCACAUCAGUGCCGGGGACGAGCUGGGGUUCGACUAUGGCGACCACUUCUGGGAGAUCAAAAGCAAGCAUUUCAACUGCCAGUGUGGCUCGCUGAAAUGCAGGCAUAAUGAAGCCUCCAGUGCCCAGAGGCAGGCGGACAGCACUCCUGAGGGAAAGCAGCUCGGAGCCCUGCCUGACACCAGCUCCUCCGCCAUCCUCUCAAGCCCCUGCUGAGGACCACCUGUCAGUCCAGCAGAACCAGGAUCAGCCUCAAGAGCCAGGAUCAGCAAACCGAACCAUGAUCAGCCAGGGAUGCAGAAUAAGUGAUUGUCGGGAGUCGGGAUCUGACCGCAGACUUGAUAAGUCGGUAGAAGUAGGUUCAACAAGCAGAAUCAGGAUGGCUUAAUGGAAUGACAAACAGCUGAAAUAACCCGGAUCAGACCAAAGAGAGAUGAACAGCCAGCAUAAAUAGCUUCUGCUGGCACAGUCAGGCUCCACCAGCAGAAUCAGAAUAAUCUGUAAAACCAGGACCAGCCACCAUAGUCCGCAUCUGUCGGCAGAGCAAGGGUCAGCAGCCAGGAGACCCAGAAUCAGUAAGGAGAACUAGGAUAAGCCCCCAGAAUGUCACAUAGGACAAAUAUAAUUCCUCUGGCUUUUUGUUUGUAUGCAGACUUUAGCAUUUUCCAUUGCUAAAAACAAAGCAAAGCAACGUGCACCCAUCUGAGUAAUGGAUGCUUUAGAAAAGCAUGCAGUGAUAGCCACAUUUUUUCUUAACCACAAGGAAUGCAGCUGUAAAAACAAACCUCUUUGGCUGGACAUAAAUACUGAACCUUCUUUGUACAAGAACGUUGGUGCUGAGAAAAGUAUGUUUUUGUUUUGCUUGUUUUACUUGAGUACGUACACAAAACAAAUGAGGGCAAAUGUUUUUUAACCUUUUAACUGUGUGCUAUCAAUUUUUAAGUAGUAUUCUGUCCAUCUAUUAUUCCCAUUAUUUUAUACUGAUGGUAAAACUACAUCAUUUCUGACUGUCUGUGAUCUUUUGUAUCAUGUAAACCUCCAUGUGAAAACAAUUGGGUUACAUACAACUGAUGAGUGAAAUAUGAUGCUCUGUCCAAUUGAUUGCAUCUUUCUUUUUCAAUAAAUUUACAGGGAAUAGAA